CGCGAGGAUCUCGUGUUUACAUGCAUUUCUUACAAUGGCGUCCUCAACUCCGAUCUCUUCGCAGUACUCUCCGAUUCUUUUUCAGUUACCGAAAAAUUCGCCCCAAUUUCGCCUGAUCCUCGCCGGGAUAUCGUUAUCGAGAUCGAGAUCUGGGAUACCCCGCGGCCCGUCUCAGCCGCGGAAGUAGGGAUCAAGUGUUUUGCUGUACCUGAAGAUGUGGUGGACGGCGGAGGAGAACUCAUCUUGGAUAAAAAUGGUGAAGAUGAGGUUAGAGAUGGCGAUUCGGAUGAUGAGGUGAACGGUCAGGAUUUCACCAAUGGAUCGGCCGUUCCUCAGAGGAUUCCGUUCUCCGGGGAUUCUCUCUCUCUGGGCAUUCGCGAGCCCAUCUAUGAGGUUGUGGAAGUAAGUUCAGAUGGAAUGGUAUCUACAAGGAAAAUCAAUCGAAGACAUUUGUUAAAAUCGAGUGGCCUCCGACCUCGAGAUAUAAGGAGUGUUGAUCCGUCAUUGUGGCUAACCAACUCAAUGCCUUCAUUGUUGGUGCGUGAUUAUGCUAUAUUGCUGAAUCUGGGAUCCUUGCGGGCGAUUGCAAUGCAAGAACGUGUGUACAUAUUCAAUUAUAAUCGUAAAGGUGGAAAAGCUUUCAUUGAUACAUUGCUACCGCGCUUAAAUCCGAAGAACAUUAAUGGAGGGCCCUCAAUGCCAUUUGUGCUUGAGGUGGUUGAGGCUGCACUGCAUUCUCGAAUUCAACGUCUGGAACGGAGAUUAAUGGACUUAGAACCACGCGUGCAAGCUUUACUUGAGGUUCUUCCCAAUCGAUUGACUGCUGACAUAUUGGAGGAACUCCGGACUAGCAAACAGACGUUGGUUGAAUUGGGCUCUAGAGCUGGGGCUCUUAAACAAAUGCUGCUUGAUAUCCUUGAGGACACUCAUGAAAUACGACAAAUUUGUAUAAUGGGAAGAAACUGCACUCUUAUGAAAAAUGACGAGGUUCAAUGCUCUGUUCCUUCGGAGAAGGAGAUAGCAGAGGAAGAGGAGGAAGAAAUUGAAAUGCUUCUGGAAAAUUAUCUCCAAAGAUGCGAAUCCUGUCACGGUCAAGCAGAGAGGCUUCUCGAUUCAGCAAAGGAGAUGGAAGAUUCAAUUGCUGUAAACCUCAGCUCUCGGAGACUGGAAGUAAGUAGAGUGGAACUUCUUCUUCAGGUUGCAACAUUUUGUGUCGCAGUUGGUGCCUUAAUUGCAGUUCGCCUUCUGGCUAACGACAGCAGGGAUUUUUGUGGGUGCUGUGGUUGGAUUUUUUCUCAUGUACUCCUACCUCAGGAAAAGAAAAAUUCUGUGAGCUUCCAACCCUGUCAGAAUCCCACCGAUGCUAGUUAUGUAAGCGACAUGAAGUCAUACAACCUCAAGCAAUCAUUCGUAAAUCGAACAUUUGAACGAAUCCAGCAAAUGCACUUGAGUAAACUCGUCCAGCAACUCAUCACCCUCCGUCUACUUUUGAUUUUUCUCUUACCUCUACUGCAACCGCAUCUGCAUCCGGACAAGUUCUGCCCUCGCAAGCCUUACGCGACCACCAGAAUGCGCACAAGCGGGAGAGAGACGACACCAGGAGAUCGCUCACGACUGCCGGCGAAUUCUCCCGCCAUCCGUUCGCCGCCGCCUGCAAUAUUGAUGGGCCGAGAAAAUCGACCAAUCCAAAAUAUAGCUUUAUCCACCAGAUCCGAAGCUUAA